AUGGUGCAUUGCAAUGCUGCCAUUUCUCCAGUUGAACCAAUGAUGUAUUUGUCUAAGAAUGAGGAUGAGCAAGAUGUUAAUCCAACUCAAUAUAGGAGGUUGAUUGAAUCCUUGUGUUACUUGUGCAAUACGCGACCAAACUUGGCAUUUAGUGUCAGUAUUGUGAGUAGAUUCACGGUGAGACCAAAUUUGUCUCACUUAGAAGCAGUCAAGAGAAUCCUAUGUUAUGUCAAAGGUUCUUUUGGCUGCGGAAUUCUCUUUCCCGCAACGGAUACAGGCAUAAAAUGCAAUUUGCUCGGUUUUACCGAUUCUAAUUGGUGUGGAGAUAAAGAUGAUCGAACGUCUAUAGCUAGAUACAUCUUUAUGUUCGACGCGACACCAAUCUCAUGGUGUUCAAAGAAGGAACCAUUAAUUGCGCUCUCAUCUUAUGAGGCCGAGCACAUUGUCACUUCGUUAUGUGUGUGCCAACCCGUAUGGCUUAUGAAUCUAUUGGAGGAGCUGGGCAAUAGUGACAGUGAGGUUAUCACACUCUUAGCUGACAAAGUUUCCACAAUUAAUUUUGCUAAGAACCCAAUUGUGCAUGGGAUGAGCAAGCACAUUGAGAUGAGAUUUCACUAUUUGAGGGAACUUGUUAGUGAUUGA